AUGUUGGCCAACCGGGAGCGCAGAAUGAGAGAGGCUGAGGAGAGUGGACGUCGGCAGAAAGAGGAGCGUAGGCGGCGCCAGGAGGACGAGUACUUCAGACAGAUCGUCAAAGUGCAUCAGGACACUGUGGACAGUUACUUUAGAGACAUAGCUGAGGCAACCAUGGACUCCACUGCCGACUAUCAUGCCAGAAACGAAUAUGACGCUAUCGGCGCCAUUCGGGUGGAGGAUCAACGUCGGUCGGACAUGCAAAGGACAGCCGCACAAGAGGCUUCUGAUCUGGUCUACAAUUUCCUCAUACCCGAGGUGUUUGCCUAUGCAUUUUAG